UGACAUGACUGCUCUGCUACUUUCAUUCUGGGACUGAAAGCAAGAAGAGAUGUUAUCACCAUCUCCUCUUAAGCCGGCUGCGCCGUCUGCGUCCCUGCUUCGGUUCCUUCGUUCUCAAUCCGACGCGCUCUGCUUUUUUACAGCUAAUCCCAACGCAUGUACUCGCGCAUCGAGAGAACCAUGGCCUCAACACAAGGACUCCGGAAAUGUCUCAAUGGGGAGGAUCUCAAGAUGGACGAAUAUUGAUCCCGUGCCGUGUCAAGCAUCUUUGGAGGCAUCUUUGCUUCCCAUGCUGAAUCCAUUGUCGAAAACCGCGAAGACAUCCCGAUCUCCGCCUCACCCUGUUCAGAGGCCUACAGCUCUAUCGCCUCUAUCCUUCUCAGAAUUCUCGCGGAAAAUGUCUACGAAGAGCCGUCCCCUCCUUCGCAGGCUGCUGGAUUUGAGGCGCGCAAAAGCAACUGACGGUCCGAAGCUGAACCGCUCUGGUAUGCCGCAGGUCACAACUGCUCUCGACGAUGGCGCUGAAGGGAACCUUUUCAACUUGGGGCGCACGCUCGCCGCCAAAGCGUCGAAUGAGGUGCGUCUGCGAUGCACUGAGUUUGAUGGGAACGGGAAUGUCACGCUGGUGAACGGUGAAUUCAAGAAGAGCGAACUCAUCGCGAAGUAUGGCCUUCUUCCGCGGGACCUGCGCAAGAUUGACUCGUCCGUGCUGCCUCACAUUCUCGUCCGCCCUGGUACGAUCCUUAUCAGUCUGCUGCAUCUCCGAGUUCUCAUAAAGGCCGAUCGGGUUCUAGUUUUUGACGCAUAUGGAUCAACCGAUUCCUACGCGCAGUCUGUUUUUAUGUACGAUCUUGAGGGAAAGUUGCGACAGAAGCAAGCCCAAACGACCGGUGCACUGCCCUAUGAAUUCCGCGCACUCGAAGCCGUCUUGAUUUCGGUGACUAGUGGUCUCGAAGGAGAAUUCGAAGGUGUCAGGGAACCAGUGGUGCGCGUCUUGCGGGCUCUGGAGGAAGAUAUUGACCGGGACAAGCUGAGACACCUUCUGAUCUACUCCAAAAAACUGGGUACAUUCGAGCAAAAAGCGAGACUUGUGCGAGAUGCCAUCAACGACUUGUUGGAUGCUGAUGACGACCUGGCUGCUAUGUACCUGACAGAGAGAGCCAGUGGUAGGGAGCGUGAUGAGAAUGAUCACCAAGAGGUGGAAAUGCUACUGGAGUCGUACCACAAAGUUUGUGACGAGAUCGUCCAAGCCAGUGGGAACUUGGUCACUGGUAUCCGUAACACGGAGGAAGUAGUCAAAGCGAUUCUGGACGCCAAUCGGAACUCCCUGAUGUUGCUGGAUUUGAAAUUCAGCAUUGGCACUCUUGGCCUUGCCAGCGGAACUCUUAUCUCCGCUUUGUAUGGAAUGAACCUGAAGAACUUCAUCGAAGAGUCCGAUCUGGGUUUCGGUGCGGUGUCGGUUACAUGCGUGGUUUUCUCUGCCAUUGUCUGCCUCUACGGCCUUGCGAAGCUGCGCAAGGUCCAGCGGGUUCGCAUGUGGGGUGAGGCCGGUGUAGGAGGUACUGCUUCCAUCCCACCUCUGAUCGGGAACAGCGCCGCAAUGGGCAACCGUGCAAAUUGGCGAACCGAUACGAUCGAGCCCAUGCUGGGUGGAUUUCCAGGCGAAGGACGAGUUGAAAGGAUGAAGCGUUUGAAGGAGGGCGCCGCUGCAGCUGCAGCAGCGAAGAGCGCAUCUCAGCCAUCAUCCGAUUCUCCUCUAGGCGGCUCUCAGUUCGUGAAGCAGGGUAUUUCUCGCAAGGAUACAGAUGCUUCUGCACAGCAGACCGCGAAAAGCUGAAUGCCCAUCUCUCCCAGAGCUCUAACGCUCACAACCGUCCCCAUUGGAAGGCAUGAUACCCGAAGCGGCAUCCUGUCAUCUUCCUAUCUAUUCUUUGUAUGUUCUAUAAAACUCUCCAUCUCUAGCGCUCUUUGGAUCAGAGCAGAGAAGAGAGCCCUCACGUAUGGCGUUCAUAAAAGGAUGUUUUGUUUUUCCUUAGCAUGACAUGGACUGGCUCCCCAUUGAUGCACUUUCCUUUUUCUUUUUCAUGGCGGGUCUAUCUUUUAUUUCAUGAAGUCUUAUAAAACCUUUCAAUGUCUUCCUCCAUAUUUUGGUCUGUUGAGGAACACUCUGAUGUCGAUAGAUUAAUCUUGUGUAGUGUGUAUUAUCUUUUUAUCAAUUCCACUCAAAUCGGUCUAC